AGCCAACAUCCGGAAACACAAAUAUUGGUGUUCGACGAAGGCACAUCCGAUCAGAUGAGCAAUGUAGUGUACAUCCCACAACUUGAACAACUAACGCCAGACCAGUCCCCCGUCUCCGUCAGCCUCAGCCCCAGUCCUCCCAGCCCUGCCCGUCUGGGCCCUCCGCCCCAGCCCGCCCAGCCCAGCCUGUGUUGUCAGCCCGGCUCCAGCCCAGCCCCAGCCUGUCUGUGCCCCACCAGCCCCGGCCUCAGCCCUGGGCCCCAGCCCUCAGCCCCUGGGGCCAUGGCUCAGCCUGCUCCGUGCCCGCAGUCCUGCCCAGCCCCCAGCCGUGCCUCAGCCUGCAGCCCCAGCCCCAGCUCAGCCUGGCCUCAGCCUGGGCCCCAGCCCUGGCAGCUCCAGCCUGGCUCAGCCUGCCCUGUCAGCCUGCCCAGCCUGGGCCCCAGCCUCCCACCAGCCUGGGCUCAGCCUCAGCCUCAGCCUCAGCUCACCCUGGGCCCCGCUCAGCCUGCCCGCCUGUGCCUGGGCCUCAGCCUGGGCCUGCCAGCCCCGCUCAGCCUGGGUCAUGCCCGGCUCAGCCUGCCUCAGCCUCCGCUCAGCCUGCUCAGCCUCGCAGCCUGCGCUCACCAAAGCUCACCCCAGCCUGCCCCCAGCCUGGGCCUGCCCGCCCCACCAGCCUGGCCUCCGUGCCUGCCCGCUCAGCUCACCAGCCUGCCUAGCCUCCGCCCAAAAUGCCUGCCUGCCCCAGCCUCAGCCAGUGCCCUCGCUCACAGCCUGGCCCGUCAGCCCAGCCCCACCAGCCCUGGGCUCAGCCUGAUCUCGCCCCCAGCCCAGCCCGCUCCCAGCCCCUGGGCUCAGCCCCAGCCCCAGCCCCGCCUGGCUCAGCCCCAGCCCAGCCCAGCCCCGUCUCCGCGCCUCCGCCUGUGCCUGGCCCAGCCUGUCUGGCCCGUGCCCGCCCCAGCCUGCUCCAGCCCCCAGCCCACCAGCCCACCUGGCUCCGGCUGGCCCAGCCUGGCUCCCAGCUCACGCCCGCCUGCUCAGCCCCUGGGCUCGCGCCUCAGCCUGCCAGGCCUCCAGCCUGCCCGCCUGCCCAGCCCCACUGCCUCCGCCUGCCUGGCCAGCCCUGCUCAGCCUCCGUCUCAGCCUGUCUGCCCAGGCCCCAGGCUCAGGCUCAGCCUCCAGCCUGCGCCCGCCCUGCCUCCCUGCCUCCGGCUCAGCCUGGCCUUCAGCUCCGCCCAGCCUGCUCCGCCCAGCCUGGGCUCGGGUCUCCGCCUGGCCUCAGCCCGGGUUCCCAGCCUGCCCUCAGCUCAGGUCUGCCUGCCUCAGGCCUCAGCCCAGCCCGCCUGCCUGGGCUCAGCCUGCCUGUGCCUCCGUCUCAGCCUCCGCCUGCCCUGCCACAGCCUGGGCCUCAGUGCCAGCCGUCAGCCUGGGUCCCAGCCCGCCUCAGCCUGGCUCAGCCCAGCCUGCCCGCGCUCAGCCCGCCUCAGCCUGGGGUGCCCCAAAUGCCUGGCCCAGCCCAGCCCCAGCCCCGUCUGUGCCUCAGUCCCAGCCCUGGCCCCAGCCCAGCCCGGGCCCAGCCCCAGCCCCCAGCCCUCCGCCUGGCCUCAGCCUGGGCCCCAGCCUGGCCUCCAGCCCGCUGCCAUGUGCCCGUCAGCCUCCGCCCGCCCCAGUCUGCCCUGCGCCCAGCCCAUCCUCAGCCCCGCCCCAGCCUGGGCCCAGCCUGGGCUCCAGCUGCCUCCAGCGCCCAGCCUGGCCCAGCCUGGGCUCAGCCUCCGGGCUCAGCUCAGCCUCAAAGCCCCGGCCUCAGCCUCCGCCUCAGCCUCCGGCCUCAGCCCAGCCUGGCCCCUCCUCAGCCCCCGCCUCAGCCUGCCUCAGCCUGCCUCCCACCAGCCUGCCCUGGCCUCAGCCUCAGCCUCAGCCCGCCUCAGCCCCGCCCAGCCAGCCACCAGCCUGGCUCCCCAGCCUGGCUCAGCCUGCCUCAGCCUUGCCUGUGCCACUGUGCCCUGGGUCAGCCUGGCCUGUCUGCUCAGCCCCCAGCCGCUCAGCUGGGCUCAGCCCUGCUCAGCUCCAGCCCAGCCCCAGCCCUGCUCAGCUGGUGUCAAAGCCUGGGCUCCAGCCUCGUCUCAGCCUGCCCUGCUCAGCCUGGGCCUCAGCCCGUCAGCUCGGGCUCAGCCUGGCUCCAGCUGGGUCCUUCAAAGCCCAGGCCUGCCUCGCCACAGCCUGCCUCAGCUGGGUCCGCUGCUCAGCCUCGGGCUCGUGCUCCCAGCUCAGCCUCCUGCCAGCUCCGGCUCAGCCUGCCGCUCAGCUCGCUCAGCCUGGCCUCAGCACUGGCUCAGCCCGCUCAGCUGCUCAGCCUGCCUCCGCUCCUGUCAGCCUGGCUUCUGUAGCCCGCUCAGCUUGCUCAGCCCGGCCUCAAAAGCCCGCCUGUCAGCCUUGCUCAAGCCUGGCUCAGUUUGCCUCAGCUUGUCAGCCUGCUCUGCCUCUGCUUGUGUUGUUUGUCACUAA